CUUUUAAAUUAAGUUUGUGUUUAUUUUGAGCUGUGCUAUCUUGCACAGAGGGACAAAUUUCAAAAUUUCACAACAUAAGCGAUUGUUAUUGAAAUUAAGAUCAGGAAAAUGUUGCAACAGAGUGAUAUCAAAACGGAGCAGUUGUCUGAAGCUACCUGCCGGCUGUGUUUGACCGAUAGCGAUAACUCACAGUUCAUAUUCGAAAGCGAUUCCAUAUCGCUAGAUGUUUGGAUUGAAGAUCUUACAUCUUUGAAGAUCACUAAUAUUCCCAAUGCUCCUGCAUCGUUGUGUUUAAACUGCAGGAAUACUUUGAAGAAUUUCGAAGAUUUUCGUAAAAUGUGCUUUACAAACAAUGCCACUUUUAAUGAGCUGUAUGUUGAGAAUGAUCCACAAAACUAUAUAUUGCAUUCUGAGAAUAAUUCAAAAGACGUUGCCGAACAAAACGUGUUCGAGUAUAUGAAUUCCAAAUCCCCUGAAAUGGUUGAAUCUUUGCGUCCUGAUUCAUUGGUGACAUUGAAGAUAGAAAUUGACGAAAGCUCAAUUGAUCAAAUUGAGGAGCGCAAACCAGAGCCAACUGGACAAAUACAAUUUGACGAAUCCUCCUUAAGCUCAAUUGAUCAAGUUGAGGAGCGCAAACCAGAGCCAACUGGACAAAUACAGACCAAAGAUAAACCGGCCAUUCGGGGACAAAAGAUUUGUCCGGUAUGCAAUCGGUUAGUCAGCGCAUUGGGCAAACAUUUGACAACCGACCACAAGAACUAUCAACCAUUCCAAUGUGAGUACUGCUCGAGAAGAUUCAACGCCCAUGGGAACCUGCUGAAGCACAUCCGGAGACAUUUGCAAAUGAAAACGCAUAUCUGCCCUCACUGUGAAAAAGGCUUCACGAACACCGGCGAGUUGAAGGUUCACAUCAGAGUUCAUACCAACGAGAAACCCUAUACCUGUAGCGAAUGUGGUAAAUCUUACAAAACAUCCGGGAUGCUGUGUAGGCACGUGCAGACACACGAGGGAAGACGACCACACACUUGUGACAUUUGCCAGGCCAAAUUCUAUACAGUUGAGCACAUGAAGCGCCACAAGACGCUACAUACGGGGGAGCGACCGUACAGCUGUAAUGUUUGCAACAAAAAGUUUACCAGGCCAAGCGCUGCCCGGGUGAGUGCUCACAAGUGCAUUGGGAAGAACGAGAAAGUCGCGGAUUAAUGGAUGUAUGCAUCGAAUUUAAAAAAAAAAAAAUGUAAAUCUCAUUAGGGA